AUGGAUGAAGAAGUAAAGCUGGUGGGAUAUUGGGCAAGCCCAAUGCCUCCGAGAGUGAUAUGGGCACUGAAACUGAAGGGAGUUGAGUAUGAUUACAUAGAAGAAGAUAUUUACAAUAAGAGUGAAUUGUUUCUUCAGUACAAUCCAAUUCACAAGAAGGUACCUGUGCUUGUUCAUGGAGGCAAACCCAUUUGUGAGUCUCUGGUCAUUCUUGAGUACAUCGAGGACACUUGGCCUCAAACUCCUCUCUUGCCCAAGGACGCUUAUGAAAGAGCUUUGGCUCGCUUUUGGAUGCGAUUUACAGAUGAAAUGGGUGAAAAUGCUGUUUCGGUACUUACAAGUAGUGGAGAGAAGGGAGAAAAUGAAACAAAAGUAGCAGAAGCACUUAAAAUCUUGGAAGAGCAAUUAAGCCUUGGAAAUACCAAGUUCUUUGGGGGAGAGACUAUAAACAUGGUGGACAUAGCACAUGGAUGGUUACCUCAUUGGUUUGAAUGUAUAGAACAACUUGUAGGACUCAAACUCUUGGACCCAAAAACAUUGCCUCGGCUCCAUACGUGGGUUCAAGAUUUCAAACAACUUCCAAUUAUCAAGGAGAGCCUUCCUGAUUACGACAGACUCUUAAUCUAUAUGAAAAGAAUCAGGGAGAGGUUCACGAACUCGACUGAGUGAACAAAAAAGUCGCAAUUUCAUGUUUUAACUUUGAUCAUUGUGUCUGUUGUUUUAUUCAAUGUCAUCUCUUGGACCUUAUGUAAGGUAGUGUUUUUAUUUGUUAUGACUAUGAGAAGUGUUUGAGAAUAAGAAAAUAAAAAGAUUAAAUGGGUGGUUUUAAUAUGAGUGCUACGAGACAAGAGUAAACAACAAACAAGGGUGGCAAUAGUUUCCAGUUUAGUCUGCUUGACACUCUGUGGUUGCCUGUGGACUUUGUUUUAGUCUCGCCAACAGUGUGUUAUGUUUUCUUCCAGCUUUUUUGUCUUUUUUUUCAUUUCCAGUUCUCCUGUUUUG